AUGCUUCCUCCACCAAUUAAUUUUCCAAAAUGGGUCAAGGAAAACUCGAAUAAACUGCAACCACCAGUGAACAAUUUCCUGCUCUUCAAAGGACAGGACACCAUUAUCAUGGUUGUAGGCGGACCCAACAAGCGCACAGAUUAUCACAUCAAUGAAACAGAGGAAUGGUUUUACCAAGUCAAAGGUAAUUUGACAAUCAAGGUGGUGGACGAUGGUGUGUUUAGGGACAUUGAAGUGGAAGAGGGUGACAUGUUCCUUCUGCCUCCCAACACACCUCAUAAUCCAGUUCGCUAUCAAGAUACCAUUGGCAUUGUUGUCGAAAGGGUCCGGUUAUCCCAUCAUAUUGAUUCUUUGAGAUGGUAUUGUGAAAAAGAGAAUUGCAGAGAAAUUGUAUAUCAGGAGUCGUUUCACUGUGUGGAUCUUGGUACACAAUUAAAACCAGUGAUUGAAAGAUUUGCAGAGAGCGAGGCAUUGAGAACUUGCAAGAAAUGUGGACAUUUGAACUCGCACAAAUAA